CUCGCACUUCUCCGGUUUUCCUAUUUCUAUCGUCCUCUCUCUCUCCGGUUUCUUCACGCUUCUCUUAUGACCUCUUUCUUACCUAUCUUCUUCUUAGAUUUUUUCUCCAUCGAUCACUGAACAUUCACGUUUGCAUUCGGAUUCUUCAUCUUGACUUCCAAGUCAAAAUCUCCGAUGAUCUCUGCGAUUCUCUGCUUUCCUCUUUCUCACCAGAUCUGAAGCACCCGAAUCCAAAUUCGUAAUCGAAACCGCUUUAAUUCACCGCCUAGGCAUUUCUCAAUCAUUCGGAGAUCAAUUAGCAAUGGUGACGGUCAAAUUGGGAAUGGUCCAUUAUGUAAUUGACCAUGUCUACGGAGCGUUUAUGCACCGCACGAGGAUAACGCCGCCGUUCUUCUCGCGAGGAUGGGGUGGGCCGAAGCUGGAACUGCUCGAGCGGAUGGCUAAACAGCUCUUUCCGAUGUAUGUCGAAGGUCAGAAUUGGCCACCAGCUAUGGUACGUCCCGUGUGGAGGACCGUCUGGGAGACGAAGACCGCUUGUCUCAGAGAAGGCGUUUUCCAGACUCCCUGCGACGACGAGCUAACCGCCGCUUUGCCUCCGGAGUCUCGCACCGCGAGGGUUGCUUGGCUUGUCCCCAAAAACGUUCCUCCCCAGAAAAUGUCCUGUGUGGUUCAUCUUGCAGGCACUGGUGAUCAUACAUUUGACCGGAGAUUGCGUCUGGGUGGACCAUUGGUGAAACACAACAUCUCAACAAUGGUGCUCGAAAGCCCUUUCUAUGGUCGAAGGCGUCCGUUCCUACAACGUGGCGCGAGGCUCCUCUGUGUUAGUGAUCUACUUUUACUUGGGAGGGCAACAAUCGAAGAGUCCCGCAGUCUUAUUCACUGGCUAGACGCCGAGGAAGGCUUUGGAAAAAUGGGUGUUUGUGGUCUGAGUAUGGGAGGAGUACACGCUUCGAUGGUUGGAUCGCUUCAUCCAACACCAGUUGCAACACUUCCAUUCCUAUCUCCGCACUCUGCAGUUGUUGCCUUCUGCGAAGGAAUACUAAAGUAUGGAACCGCUUGGGAGGCACUGAGGGAGGAACUUGCGGCACAGGAGAUCACAUUGACUCUUGAUGAAGUGAGAGAGCGGAUGAGAACUGUUCUCUCCCUCACAGAUGUCACUCGCUUCCCCAUCCCUAAAAACCCCGAUGCUGUUAUCUUUGUUGCUGCAACUGAUGAUGGAUACAUACCGAGACACUCUGUGCUGGAGCUUCAAAAGGCAUGGCCAGGGUCGGAAGUGAGAUGGGUUACAGGUGGACACGUGUCCUCCUUUCUGCUGCACAAUGAUGAGUUUCGGAGAGCAAUCGUGGACGGUCUCGAUAGAUUAGAGUGGAAGGAGCCAUGGUGACGGUGACUUAAGCAGAGCACACAGCUCCUUUGUAUAACACAAAGCGAAGGGGUCUCUUUUAUGUAAAUGUCUUGAAUCCCCCUCUUGUUGUAUCAUCUGUUAAGAAGAAUCAAAUUCUUUUCGCUUUCAAUAGUGGUGGGCUCUAGUAUUCAUUUGUUUGGCCAUUGUUUUUGUCUCGACUCUCGACAUGCAACAAAAAUUGUAGGGGUUUCACUCAUUACAUACCAUUCUUUUAGCAUUUGUUUUUCUUUGGGAAAAAAUGUCGUGUAUUUUAUACGACUUGUGGUGAAGAAGAUACGUAUCAUAGUUGUUA